AUGAAUAGAAAUAUUACGCGCAUUUUGAAUAAGUAUAUAUCAAAUCAGUAUAGAACAUGUCCGCAAGUCCGGUAUUUAUCUUCGAGUUCAGAAAAAAAUGUGCUGAAUUCCCAUUAUGGUGUAAUAAAGGAUGAAAAUGUAACUUUAACGCAACAUGUCUAUGGGGAAGCUGGAUUAUGGGAAGACUCUCCUGCUUUGACUUGUGCAGCAUCAGGUCGCACCUACGCGUAUGGAAUGACAAAACUGUUAAUCGAAAAAUGCGCAAAAGGUCUCCUCAGCGAAUUGAAGCUGUCCCCCGGUGACAGUGUUGGUUUGAUUCUUCCGAACAUGCCAGAAUUUGUAGUGCUGGCUCACGGUGCAAUGGAAGCUGGUCUUGUAGUGACCUUUAUUAACCCCUUGUAUACACAUGAUGAAGUACUGCGUCAGUUCGCGGACUGCAACGUAAAGGCCAUUGCUACAAUUGAGAUGUUCAUGCCGGUUGCAAUGGAAGUCAGCAAAUCUUUGAAAGACUAUAAAGGCACCAUUUGCGUUGGUGGAGACGGAGACAAAGUUCGAGGCAUAUAUGGAUUCCAGUCUCUUCUAUCUGCGGGUCAGGGAGUCGAGCUUCCUAAAUUGGACGCUGACGAUGUCUGUCUGAUCCCUUACUCCAGUGGAACCUCUGGUCUGCCCAAGGGAGUCAUGCUAACUCAUAGGAACCUUGUAUCUAGUGUAAAACAACUGUGCAGACCCGAAUUCAUGAAAUAUAAGGGCGCCAAAGGUACAGGAGAUACGACAUUGGCGAUUCCACCAUUCUUCCACAUCUACGGCUUCAACGGUGUUUUGAACUAUACCCAGGCAAUCGGAUGCCAUCUUGUUUCCAUUCCCAAAUUCACGCCCGAAGAUUAUCUAAAAGCAUUAAUCGAAUAUAAGCCGAGAAAUCUUUUCGUAGUGCCAUCAUUGUUAGUAUUUCUAGCAAGUCAUCCAUUGGUAAAGCGGGAACAUUUGGCGUCAGUGGAUAAUAUCACGGUUGGAGGGGCGCCCGCAACUGAAAGUAUUCUUGAGAAGUUUCUAGACAAAUGUGGAAAGACUAAAGACGAGCUGGUGUUGUUGCAAGGCUAUGGAAUGACUGAAACGUCACCGGUUAUAUUAGUGACUCCUUAUUUCUAUCCACAUGACAAAGUUGGUACUAUUGGCCAAGUAGUUCCUUCAACACAAGUAAAGGUUGUCUCUCUCACCACGGGCGAGGCAGUUGGUCCUAACGAACCUGGUGAAAUAUACGUUAGAGGACAACAGGUAAUGAAAGGGUACUUAAAGAACGAAGCUGCUACGAAGGAAACAAUAGACAAAGACGGGUGGCUGCGCACAGGUGAUGUUGUUUACUACGAUAAAGAUGAGUACUUCUAUAUAGUGGACAGGACCAAGGAGUUAAUCAAAGUUAAAGGGAAUCAGGUUUCUCCAACUGAAAUUGAAACAAUAAUAAUGGAACUACCGGAAGUAGCUGAUGUAGCCGUUAUUGGUAUUCCAAAUGAUAAAGAUGGAGAAGUUCCCAAAGCGUUUGUUGUACACAAACCAAACCACCAGCUAACUGAAAAACAAGUUUAUGACAUAGUUGCUAAAAAACUUGUUAAAUAUAAACAUUUAAAGGGUGGUGUCGAAUUCAUAGAUGCAGUACCACGAAAUGUUGCUGGUAAAAUUAUGAGAAAGGAUCUUAGAGUACAAUAA